AUGUCAGAACCUGAGGAAAGUCUGGUAGCGCCAGAUAGUACCACAAGGGAACAGCGGGUUGGCAUCUCUCAUGGAGAUGAUGUUCUUCAACACAGAGAGGGCAAAUAUUACCUUGGUACAGUUGUCGAGGUGGACUUGGCUAGGGAAAGAUGUCUUGUCAAAUUUCUGGACAACACAUCUUCCUGGUCGUUGUUCAGAGAGCUGACAAAAUUGGCUAUGCCAGACUCGGAUGUUAUGUGUGUUCUUUGUAAACAAUCUCAGCCUAAGACUGACAAUGACAUUAUUGUUUGUGACAAAUGUGGUCGUGGCUAUCAUCAAUUGUGUCAUCAGCCUGAAAUAUCAAAACCAGAAUCAGGUAGAGAUAUUCAUUGGAUAUGUAGAAGGUGUACAGACAGUCAGCCACGUUUGCGUGAAUCUUGCGAGCCAAAACAUUCUAUGGUUAAAGCAAGCAUCAGAAAAGUUUGCAGCGGUAGGGACCAACCUCAACCACUACCAGACGACAUGACAAAAUUGCCAUAUGAUCCUGAUAUGUUAAAUUGGGAUAAUCAUCACAGAGUGAACGUUGAACAAAUUUAUUGUUACUGUGGACUUAAUGGCGAAUGGUAUGCACAGAUGUUACAAUGUGGCCGUUGUAGACAAUGGUUUCAUGAAAAAUGCAUCAGGUGCUUAACUCAUCCUUUGUACAGUGGUGAUAGAUUUUAUGUAUUCGUGUGUUCAAUGUGCAAUCAUGGAAAAGAAUUUAUUCGGCGUUUAGAAAUGAAAUGGGUAGAUCUGGUGCACCUGAUGUUGUACAAUCUGACUGUUUAUAACGCUAAAAAGUAUUACGAUUUGGAUACUGUUAUUAUACCUUACGCAAAUGAUAACUGGACGGCCUUACAGCUUCCAACACAGAUAAAAAAUGUCAGUAUCGAUGUACGUAGGCAAUCAAUAUUGACAGCAUUGACAACUAAUAGAAACAGGUUUAAAUGUGGUAAAGAAAUAAAAAAGCGCACUACAAUAUGGGGCCUCCGUGUCAGACUGCCACCACCUUGUGCAUUUGUCAAUUUACCAAUAUCUGGCCAGAUAGAUGAUUCUGUAUUACGUAGAUGUUGGAUUCAUUAUAAUAAUACUAAAAAAAGACUGCAAUACCUUCCUCCAUCAACAGAUCCGGUGAUUUUACCAGAAAGUACAAGACAGUUGAUUGCGUUGAAGCAAAAGGUAACAGAGGAUGUAGAAAUACCCGUGAGUCCUACACUUAUAGUAAUGCGAGGUACAAUUUAUCAAAAUUCCGAAGCAGAGCAAAGUUCAUGUCCAAGUCCACCUCCAUUAACAGAAUCCAGUCAAUCAAUAGAAUCUUUAAGAAACAGAUAUUGCAACAUAGGCGGCGGUUUUGUAAAAAAGUCAUUCCCAUUUCCUAAGUUGAGUGUACAAAAAAGACUUCGUCGUCUAUUAGCAUUAAGCAAUUCACGAAGAAUAUUACGUAAACAGAAGAAAAGAGAGAAAGCAAGUGAAGAUAGUAGUAAGGAAACAUCGCUGGAAGACAGAGAAGCAAGAUAUAGAAAAGCAAGAAUAUUAUUAAAGAACGCCAUUGCCAAAAGCAAACCACAGAGCUCAGAAGCAUCCGAUUUACCUCCAACACCUCCAACUUCUGUUUCUGGACCGCCAACACCACCAGCUACAACAUCAGGUAUAUCCGAGCUAUCUGUACCUAGUUCUGUGGAUCUAAUGCAUCCUCUGCCACCUUCGACGCCUGCAGACACAAGUGGAGACGAGACCAGUUCAAGAGGAACUCUUGAUUCUUUUAUUCCACUACCCAAAGAUUUUGAAGGAAAGAAUAAUCCAUUCAGUGAUUUAGUGGGCACACCUUGUAACAUUAAUCAAGCAAACUCGAGUACACCGUUACCUUACAAUCAGUGUCCCAUCACUUUGCCUCUGCCACUGACGCCUGUGAUCUCGCAACCGCCAGUGAUACGUCCAACCAAGAGACAGUUAUCGGAAAAGGACAUUAUCAUUGAUAGAAACGGGCAAGUAAAACGUAAAAGGCAACAUCGACGAGGACGACCACCUAUACAACAACAAGUCCAGCAACAAUAUCAGCAUACUGCUAGCAAGACGGCAACUAUUAUACCGGCUCGUAACAAUGAAAUUAAAAGUGAAUUUGCCAGGAAUUUAAGAAGUUCAUUUAAUGGUGCCUCGGGCAGUGCAAGUAGUCAAAUUGGGAACUGUGUGGAUUAUGCCUUAAAUGGUAGGCGAUUGAGACAGCGGCAAAGUAAUGAUAAAUUACCUCCCCCUGAUUCGCAACCACAAAGAAAGAGCAGUAUAUCUUCAUCUCCAAAGUGUUCGCCUGUGAAGCAAAGUGCGCCUGACAUAUCUCUUGACGAUCUGAAAUCAUCGGUGAAUAUUUACUUCGGUGCAGCUAAUAGAAUAGCUGCUGGUGAAAAGUUUGUCAUCAAAGCGAAGAGGAUAGGGCCAAACGGUCAGACACAAUACCUCAUCGAAUGGGAGGGACUCAAUACUUAACGGUAAAUAAUCCGCUUACUACGAAAUAUAUU